AUGACUGCCAAGGCUUCAGCCGUGGCAGUCAUGUUCCCACAUUUAGAUUUAGAAGCUUCGUUUCUCAGUGAUUUAGAAAAAUCCUUCAGCAGUGGUCAGCUACACCUCAGAACGCCAGUACAGCAGACGGCAGCCAAGGAGUCCUCGACGAUAUCUGCGGCCGCUUAUUUAUCAUAUAAUUUGAAGGACAAGGAAGCAUCAGACAGGGACAAGGAAGCACCAGACAAGAACAAGGACAAGGAAGCACCAGACAAGAACAAGGACAAGGAAGCACCAGACAAGAACAAGGACAAGGAAGCACCAGACAAGAACAAGGACAAGGAAGCACCAGACAAGAACAAGGACAAGGAAGCACCAGACAAGAACAAGGACAAGGAAGCACCAGACAAGAACAAGGACAAGGAAGCACCAGACAAGAACAAGGACAAGGAAGCACCAGACAAGAACAAGGACAAGGAAGCACCAGACAAGAACAAGGACAAGGAAGCACCAGACAAGAACAAGGACAAGGAAGCACCAGACAAGAACAAGGACAAGGAAGCACCAGACAAGAACAAGGACAAGGAAGCAUCAGACAGGGACAAGGAAGCACCAGACAAGAACAAGGACAAGGAAGCACCAGACAAGAACAAGGACAAGGAAGCACCAGACAAGAACAAGGACAAGGAAGCACCAGAGACAGACAAAGACGCACCAGACGGAAGCACCAAAGAGAGUGAAGCAUCUUUUACAAGCUAG